ACACACAACGUCAGCAACAGUCGGACAAACGGAAACUACACCCCGACCACCGGAAACUACACCCUGACCACCGGAAACUACACCCUGACCACCGGAAACUACACCCCGACAACCGGAAACUACACCCCGACAAGUGGAAACUACACCCCAACAAGUGGAAACUACACCCCGACAAGUGGAAACUACACCUCGACAACCGGAAACUACACCUUGACCACCGGAAACUACACCUUGACCACUGGAAAUUACACCCUGACCACUGGAAAUUACACCCCGACCACUGGAAACUACACCCCGACAAGUAGAAAUUACACCCCGACCACUGGAAACUACACCCCGACAAGUGGAAACUACACCCUGACCACUGGAAACUACACCCCGACAAGUGGAAAUUACACCCUGGCCACUCGAAACUACACCCUGGCCACUGGAAAUUACACCUUGACCACAGGAUAUUACACCCUGACCACUGGAAACUACACCCCGACCACCGGAAACUACACCCUGACCACCGGAAACUACACCCCGACCACUGGAAACUACGCCCUGACCACUGGAAACUACACCCCGACAAGUGGAAACUACACCCUGACCAGUGGAAACUACACCCUGGCCACUGGAAGUUACACCCCGACAAGUGGAAAUUACACCCUGACCACUGGAAGUUACACCCUGACCACUGGAAACUACACCCUGACCACUGGAAACUACACCCUGACCACUGGAAAUUACACCCCGACCACUGGAAAUUACACCCCGACCACUGGAAACUACACCCUGACAAGUGGAAACUACACCCUGACCCCUGGAAACUACACCCUGACCCCUGGAAACUACACCCCGACAAGUGGAAACUACACCCUGACCACUGGAAAUUACACCCUGACAAGUGGAAACUACACCCUGACCACUGGAAACUACACCCCGACAAGUGGAAAUUACACCCUGACCACUGGAAAUUACACCCUGACUACUGGAAACUACACCUUGACCACAGGAUAUUACACCCUGACCACCGGAAACUACACCCUGACCACUGGAAACUACACCCUGACCACUGGAAAUUACACCUCGACAA